CUAUAAAAUCCCAUCCCCACCAGCGCUGGCAGGGGGAUGUGCCGGCUCCCCGAGCGCUCGGAGCGCUUCCACGUUGGCCAGGAGAGGUUCUGAACAUGCGUGGUGUCGGUCUCUGGAGGCUUUAAUCAAAUCCAGGCUUUACCAGAAAUCGACUCGAAACUUCCAGCGAGGGAGGGAACUGAAAGCAGCCGGAGCAGGGAGGCUCCGGGCGGGUGCUGGGGCUGGCAGGGAUGGUGCCUUCAGCAAGGGGACAGCCCCGGUGAGGCAGCCGGGAUGAGAGCCUACCCAUGAGCUCAGACUUCCAGCAUUACAGUUUCAGGAUGCCGAACAUCGGGUUCCAGAACCUUCCUCUCAACAUAUACAUCGUGGUUUUCGGCACAGCCAUCUUCGUCUUCAUCCUCAGCUUGCUCUUCUGUUGCUACUUGAUCAGGCUCAGGCAUCAGGCACACAAAGAGCUUUACGCCUACAAACAGGUCAUACUCAAGGAGAAGGUGAAGGAGCUGAACCUCCAUGAGAUCUGUGCCGUGUGCCUGGAGGAGUUCAAGCCCAAGGACGAGCUGGGCAUCUGUCCCUGCAAACAUGCCUUCCACAGGAAGUGCCUCAUCAAGUGGCUGGAGGUGCGGAAGGUGUGUCCCCUGUGUAACAUGCCGGUGCUGCAGCUGGCGCAGCUGCACGGCAAGCCGGACCCGGGCCCGCCGCAGGGGCCGCUGCCCGGCUCGCAGAACAUCGUAUAGAGCAUCGUCCGUCCCGGGCCGGGCCCGGCCGCGCCCGCCCGCGGCGCUCGGACACAACCAAAGCACUUGGGCCGCAGCGGAGCGGCCGCGAAUCCCGCCGGGAUGAAGCCUGGGCUCGGAUCCUCCGCCAGGGCCGGGAGGGGACUCGGCGUCCUCGGCACGACCUCUUUCUUCCAGCACCUCCCUCCUGCAGCCCCGCGGCCGCCGGGAAGCGAAGGGGGCACCCGGCGAGCUCCGGGAGCUCCACGGCCCCGAGCUCCGGCACUGCUGCCCCGAGCGGGGCGGGCCCCGAGCGUCGCGGCCGGUUCUGCUCCCUCCUCCUCGCCUUCGGUUCCUUCGCCUUUGCGGCUCCCGGCAGGAAAGGGCUCUCACCCUUUCGGUGGAGUCGGGUGUCCCCUCGGCACCCGCUGUCACCCCUGGUGGUGGCCGUGCGGGGUCUCCCGGGUUCGGAUUCCCCUCACCCUCCUGAGGGUGGCUGGCCCUCCUCCUCGGCUACCUCAGGGGCCUGGAGCUCCUGGAACGGGGCGCCAGCGAGAGCCACGGCGCGGGGGGCAGCGGCGAUCCCGGCCGAUCCUGUGGGAUCAUCCCGGCCGGGCAGCGGCAAUCCCGGCCGAUCCUGUGGGAUCAUCCCGGCCGAUCCUGUGGGAUCAUCCCGGCCGGGCAGCGGCGAUCCCGGCCGAUCCUGUGGGAUCAUCCCGGCCGGGCAGCGGCGAUCCCGGCCGAUCCUGUGGGAUCAUCCCGGCCGGGCAGCGGCAAUCCCGGCCGAUCCUGUGGGAUCAUCCCGGCCGGGCAGCGGCAAUCCCGGCCGAUCCUGUGGGAUCAUCCCGGCCGAUCCUUUGGGAUCAUCCCGGCCGGGCAGCGGCAAUCGCGGCCGAUCCUGUGGGAUCAUCCCGGCCGGGCAGCGGCAAUCGCGGCCGAUCCUGUGGGAUCAUCCCGGCCCUUCCAGCCGGGCUCUUGGGGUUCCCCUUGCCAAAACACCCGAAGCCCAUCAGCGCCUGGGGGAGCUGGGCCACCCCCUGGCCUCUCCGGGUUUUGGUGUCCCCUGCUGUCCUCAGCUGUCGCAUUCCCGGGGUGGGGAGGGGGUGUCAGUAUUCCCGGGGCAGGGCUGGGGGGGCUCCUGGUGCCGUCCCCCCUCCCGAAAAAAACCCGGGACUGUUUAUGGAGCGUGGAGCCUCAUAGACGUGUUUGUACACUACAAAUUCUGCAGCAGAAUAUUUUUUAAAACAUUCGCUGGUUUUGGUUUUUUUUUUGGUUUUUUUUUUCCUCUUGUUUGUUUGGUUUUUUUGUAAGCUCUAUUUUUGUAUAUUUAAUUGCUAUUUGAAAAUUCUAAUAAUGCGUCUUUUUUGCUAAUCACACUCUUCUUAAGGAAAAACCAGGAAAGAAAAAAAAAAAAACAAACAAAAAACAAAAACAACCAAGAGUUUGCAUGUGAUUUGACUUGAAUUGUAAAUAAAAGCAGGUUUUGGAAGCGGGGGUGUGUUUGCAGGGGGUCUGUCCCCCUUCCCUUGUUCGCUGUCACCAUGGGGAUGUCCCCAGCAGGGGAAGGACACAGAUGGGCAGGUUUGGGGUUGGGGUUGGGGUUGGGAUGUCCCAGAGCAGAGACUAUGGGGACAGCACCCCAUGGGGAUGCAGAGCACCCCAAAAGCCCCAGCUAAGAGGGAUUGUGCAGGAUCCAGGAGAGUUUCCUUGCUUAGGGAGAGGAUAUUCCUCUUCCCAGCCCAAAUCCCACCCCAGAUCCCUAACGCCGACCUCCCUUAGGGCAGGGCAGGGUUCAGCUCCAGCUCAGCGCUGUGGGAUCCCCGGGGGUGCAGCUCCUGCCCCGUUCCCUGCUCACUUUGUCCCACUCCUGCUCCUCCUCAAGGCUCGGCCAGGCGGGUGCCAAAGUCCCCCUGGGUUGUGCCAUGGGGUGGCCGAGCUGGGGUCACCCCGGGCUGGGGUCCCUGCAGGGCCCCGGUGUGAAGGGGAAAGCGGGAGCCCGGCGUGUCCUGUCCCGCUGUCCCUGUUCCCGUCCCUGCCUGCGGGGCUGCUGCCCUCUAGUGCCGGCUCCACCUGGAAUCCUUGGGAUGAGCAGGAACCUUAAAUCCCAUCCCAUUUCACCCCGACGUGAUCAAGAACCUUCCACUAUCCCAGGCUGCUCCAGCCUGGCCUUGGACACUUCCAGGGACCCGGGGGCAGCCCCAGCUUCUCUGGGAAAUCCAUUCCAGGGCCUCCCCACCCUCACAGGGCAGAAUUCCUCCCCACUAUCCCAUCUCUCCCUGCCCUCUGGCAGUGGGAAGCUGUCCCUCAAUGUCCUGCUCACCUUCUCCAGAAGGCUCCCCAGGGAUUGUGCUGCCAUUUCUGGGAUGAUGAACUCGCUGGGUGCCUUCCCCCUGCUGGGACAAAGUCUGGAUCUCCCACAGAGCUGCACAGAACAGUUAUUUUUGGUGUUUCCACCCCACAGCUCCUGCUCUGGAUUGAUGCUGCACCCUCCUCACCAAUCCCAUUCCUAUCAAUGAUCCAUAAAGAAGUUUCUCAUCAAUGCCAAAACUGCUGCAAUUUCCCCAGAAUAAUUAAUAUGCUUUAAAUUUCCCCCCCUUUCUUUAAAAUAUUUUGAAAUACAACUGCUUCCCAGAACCUGAAACAUGCAGGGAGGGAGAAACAAUCAAAGAUUACCAACAAUUAUUUUCAGUGACCUAAAAACCAAGUGGGAUCAACCCCAAUUUCCCCAGAACAUUCCUGCUCAUUCCCACCAACAUCCAUCCCACUGUGCUGGAGCUCCAAGAACGAGACAUAAAGCAAACAAAGGGUUUGAAGCAUAUAAAAAAUAAUAUUUUAUAACAAAGAAAAAAAAAACAACCAAGCAGUUUACAAAAAAAGGAAUAGACAAUAAGCCAGGAACUUUGGUGCUGGGAUCAGACCGUGCUGGAGCUACUCCAAAAUCCAGAGAAAAAGGAGUUACACAGGCUCAGUACAGAGUGAGGAGAGGAAAACCUGCAGGAUGCUGAGCCCAGGGAUCAGGCUCUGGGAUUGCUGCUGGAAUUCCCAGCCCUGCAGAGAUUUCCCAGCUCUCCACAGCACAACCAUGGCAAGGUGGCUUCCUAAUAAAAGCCAGGCUUUUCCUGUGGAGCUCAAGGAUCCCCACACCCUCCCAGCCCAGCCUAUCACUGACCUGUUACAUCAAGGAGCCACACAGCUCCCAGCACACAGACAUUCCAAAAAGCCAAAGUUUCUGUGCCUUUUCCAUGAGUUUUGGCUGUGAGGGUGGGUGAAAGCCCAGCCAGGUACAUUUGUGUUAAAUUUCAGGUGGUGCAGCAGGAGCUGAGUCUAGAAACACUUCAGUCAGCACUCAGAAAUGGAGAUGUUCUUAAUGGAGAGUUUGGGAACCUUUGUGUGAUUUCACAAGGAGUGAAGGAUAAAUGAGAACUUGAAUUCAGCUGAUCCCACACAGGGUGCCCAGAGCAGCUGGGGCUGCCCCUGCAUCCCUGGCAGUGCCCAAGGCCAGGCUGGACAGGGCUUGGAGCACCCUGGGACAGUGGGAGAUGUCCCUGCCCAUGGAAUGAGAUGGUUGGAGGUCCCUUCCCACCCAGACCAUUCCCUGAGCUGUAUGAUCCUGGAACAAAGACCAGGACACAAGUGGAACUUGUGUAAGGCUGCAGGAAAAACAAACAUUUUCCUCCCCAGCCAGCACAGAUCACCUUCCACAGGGGCCCUCUGCUGUUUUCCCUGAUUUUACUGGGAUCAAAUCCCUGGCUGUGUCCAGAAUCCUAGCUCAGGUCAGCUGAGUUUAGAGACAAGCACAGAUCUCCCCAGCAAAGCAAUCCCCCUCUGAAUCUGCAGUGCCACACAAGGAACCCACCCUGGAGUGCUCAGAUCUCAGGAUACAGCAAUGACAGAGCAGGGCAGGAUUCAAAAGGCAGGGAAGGGCUUGGGGCUGUCCAGCACUUCCAGCCAGGCUCACAAGGGAAUCAGAGAAAAA